GUAUAAAAAGCUGCUGGUCUCUUUCAGCUGAGUUUAGAAAGUCAACAUUGACGUUUCAUCACAUUAAAGUUUGUUGCCUGUCGACAUCUUGAACAACAACAUGUUCCAACGGUGUGUCAUGUUGCUGCUUGUUGCUCUUGCUGCUGUUUCCCUCGCAGCUCCAGUCAAAGAUGGAACAACAACUGAUGAUCGAACUGCAGCACUGCUAGAACACCUCAAUGCGACUCCAGCUGAACUUGUGACUGCAAAGCCAGAUCCCGCUGACAGCAACUCUGUUGAACAAACUGAAGCCCCCCCAGAAUCAGAUGAGGUUAUUGCAUCAGAUACUUCUAACAGCACAGAUUCUAAAGAACAGGCUCAAGAAGCUGAAAGUGCAGACUCUGGUGAAGUGACUCAAGAAACUGACAGUACUGAUUCUGAAGAACAGACUCAAGAAACUGACAGUACUGAUUCUGAAGAACAGACUCAAGAAACUGACAGUACUGAUUCUGAAGAACAGACUCAAGAUUCAACUGAGACCUCAGAAGAACCUAUAGGAUCUGACGAACUUAAAGAACAAGAUACUGAGGUCAUUGAGGAUAACAACGACAGCAAUCUAGACAACAAUGACUACGAAGCUGAAACAGAGUCUGAGGGAGAGCCCGAGACAGAGCCCGAGACAGAGGCCGAGGACAAGUCCGAGGACGAGUCCAAGGACAAGUCCGAGGACGAGUCCAAGGACAAGUCCGAGGACGAGUCCAAGGACGAGUCGGAGGACGAGUCCAAGGACCAGUCUGAGGACGAGUCUAUGAAUGACGCUGGGGUUCAAGCAGACAGUGAAGUGGAGGAGGGGGAGGACCUACUUAGUGAGGAGCCAGAGGACCAGUCAGAGGAGCUAGAAGGAGCUGAGGUGACCCCUGAGGAGGAAAGUAAUGGAGAUGACAGCAUCAGUGAGGAAACCACAGAACCAACAAGUGAUGAUGACAGCGAGAUGAAUCUAACUGACAGUGAUGGUGAACCAAAGUCCGACAACGAUAACACCAAUGAUGAGAAAGAGAUCCAAGAUGCCGAUCAAUCUGAAUCUACUGAAGGAACACCUGCUGACCAACCCGAGCAACCACAGGAACCGGAGGACCAGACCGACGACCAGACCAACCAGUCCGCCACCACAAAGGCCAUGAAUUAGAUGCUUGGCCUCUGAACUGUGGAAGCUCAGCGCCUGCAGAGCCAACCCCACAGUGGAAUACAGUUGCCAUGACAACAGCAGCAAGCUAACUUUCCACUAAACUUCAGCGUUCAGCUUCCUGUUUCCUGUCUCCUCAGCUCAUUCCUGAUUGGUUGUCCCCACGGUGCUUUAGUUUUCCACCACUGGACUAUCUGUGUGUCUAUCUGUCCCACUCUCUUCCUGCCUGUCUAUCUGCCUUCAGUCUGUUUCAGAAACUGGUCUGAGGUCUGCUCUGUGUUCAUACACUGAUUAUUGAUCUGUGAUCAUAAAAUGAUUAUUGAUCUGUGUUCAUACACUGAUUAUUGAUCUGUGAUCAUACAGUCAUCGUUUACUGUCCACAGAGGAACUGCUAAUAAAGUUUGAACUGUCAAAAACUU